AUGCUGCGUCUAGCCAGGCCUGCGGGCGCUUCAUUGCGCAGGCAGUUGCUUGCGCAAGCUGUGCCAUCCCCACGGAGAAAGUUUGCUGAGGGGAAAGACUCAAUUCUAAGCUCCGAUCCCGCCUUCAUACGAGGAACCCAGAGUUCUGCUGCUCCCGUCAGGACAGAAGUUCCCUUGGGCCCUGGAGGUCCUGGCAGCCCAGCUCCUAAAGUUUCUACUCCCGCAACACCCUCUUCUUCCUCUACAGUGCGUCCUGAAAAUGUUCUAUUAGCACCGCCUAACCCGCUCAAGUUUCAGACGGGACCCCCUACAACUUCCUCUUCUGUGAGCCCGGCAGAACCUACCACGCCACCUCCAGCACAGAAGCCGACUCCUCCACCUCCAAAACGGUUCAGACGACUCCGACUUUUGUUCUACCUUUUCCUUCUCAGUGCUGUCACCUACGGAGGAGCUGUAUGGUACGCUUUGAGGAAUGACAACUUUCACGAUUUCUUCACCGAGUACAUACCUUUCGGUGAAGAAGCAGUCUUAUAUUUCGAAGAGCGGUCCUUUAAAAAGAGAUUUCCACAUGCGAGACAUAAUGUGGUGAAAAUUCCUCGACCCGAGAGACCUGAAGAUAAUAAAGUCACAAUUCCCCAGAAAUCUGGACUAUCAUGGCGGGUCGCACAAGAUACUGAGUCCCAGGGCAGUGAUCUGACGCAAAAGGGCAAGCAUAUGAGUGCAUUGGAUGCAAACACACCAGCAUCAGGCCAGAGUGUCAAGGAUGCCAAAGCUGAUCCGAAAGGGGCAACAUCCAAGGAGAUCAGCGCCGCCGUUGAAACUGCAAAGAAGGACUCGGGAGUGAAACAAGAACCCAAGCCGAAGGAUGUGCCCGAACCUCUUCCUCCCUCUCCGGCCGGUACUCCCUCUGAAGCAUCGAUGCCGAGCCCAGCGACUCCAAGUCCAAAAUCUGACGAACGACCACCGGCUAUUCCUCCUGUAACUCACAUCUCGCCCCUUUCCGUUCCCAAUGCGGACGAACCCGUCGUGCGAGAACUGAUUAAGAUCGUGAACGACCUUGUUACGGUUGUGAACUCCGAUUCAGCCGAUACUGCGAACAAAUACUCCUCCCCAAUGGCUAAAGCCAAAGAAUCUCUCGAGGCCGUUGCCAACCAAAUCACCCUCCUUCGUGAGGCCGAACGCAAAGCAGCCGAGGAACGAGUCCAGCAAGCCCACAAAGAAUUCGACGAAGGUGCCAAACAACUUCUCAAGCGAAUUGAGACCCUCCAAGCUGAAGAAGACGCUAAGUACCGGGAAGAGUUCGAAACUGAACGCGCUCGCCUUGCACGGAUCUACGAAGAAAAGCUCAAGACCGAAAUCGAACGAAGCACGGAAUUGGCAGAACAACGGCUCAAGAACGAACUUGCCGAGCAAGCCAUCGAGAUGAAACGCGAUUUUGUCGCGCAGAUCAAAUCGCUUGUGGAAUUGGAACGGGACGCCCGCCUCUCCAAACUGUCUGACUUGAGCUCUAAUGUGGACAACCUCACUGAACUCACCUCGAAUUGGAACGGUGUGAUCGAUGCCAAUCUUGCGACUCAAAAGCUCCAAGUGGCAGUUGAUGCCGUCCGCUCUGCACUGGCACGGUCCGCUGCCUCUGAUGCGCGUCCCAAAGCAUUCGUUCGUGAGAUGGCAGCAUUGAAGCUGGUGGCCGAUGGCGACCCUAUUGUCGAUGCCGCCAUCGCAUCUAUCAACCCAGCCGCCUACCAGCGCGGUAUCCCGAGUCAGUCACAACUGAUUGAUCGCUUCCGUCGCGUAGCCAGCGAGGUGCGAAAAGCCAGCCUUCUCCCUGAAGAUGCCGGCAUUGCGUCCCACGCCGCCAGCAUCGUGUUGUCGAAAGUGCUCUUCAAGAAACACGGCCAGCCUACGGGUGAGGAUGUAGAGAGCAUUCUCGCCCGAACAGAGACAUUGUUGGAAGAAGGCGAUCUUGAUGCCGCAGCACGUGAGAUGAAUUCCCUUGCGGGUUGGGCUAAGGUAUUGAGUCGGGAUUGGUUGGGUGACGUGCGGAAAGUCCUGGAAGUCCAACAGGCGUUGGAUGUCAUUGAGACGGAAGCCAGGUUGCAGUGUUUGAGAGUGGAGUAG